CCCCUCCUCGCCGGUGUCAGUUAUCUUAUGCCUCAGAUUGCCGAUCGAGUGGAACUAUAAAAGGUCACCGGGAGCACCGGGAAGAUCACUGCAGUCGACCGGAGUCUUGUCUGUAUCAUCUGUACCCUACAAAGCAAAGACAGCAAAGAUCAAAAUGGCCUUCGCAGGUGUACUGAAGGAUGCUGAUAUCGCUGCAGCACUGGCCGGGUGCAAAGACGCUGGCACAUUCGACCACAAGAAGUUCUUCAAGGCAUGUGGGAUGACCGGCAAGUCCGCCGAGGAUGUCAAGAAGGCCUUCUUCAUCAUCGACCAGGACAAGAGCGGUUUCAUUGAGGAGGAUGAGCUGAAGCUGUUCCUGCAGAACUUCAAGGCAGGUGCACGCGCCCUGAGCGACUCGGAGACCAAGGCUUUCCUCAAGGCCGGUGACUCCGACGGUGACGGCAAGAUCGGCUGUGACGAGUUCGCCGCUAUGGUUAAUGUAUAAACUGGCAACAUGACCAACAACACCUGCUCUGAUGGAACAACAAAGCCCACAUCGACCUCCCCCCUUUUCAUCUGAAUAUAAAUAAUUUUUAUACAUUUGCUGAAGAGACGUUUCUUCCUAUGCAACACACUGUCCAAAAUGAUGAUUGUGAAUGUCGCUCGGUUGUGUUCAUGUCUUAAAUAUGAAUUUUGCUUACUGUAAAAUCUAUGAUGCACUUUCCAGGGACGAAAAAAGAAUAAAUAUUCUUUUGCUACGGUC